AUGAAGAGUGCGACCAAAUCGGGACAAAGACAAAUAUCAACUCAAAAUCUGGUCCUCAAGACAUGUGGCCAAUCCUUACAACUGGUCAGACCUCACGGCCCGCACUCUAUCGCUGAUGGUUUCCGAUGUCUGCGGUUCUUGGGAUCAGUUGUGGACUGGGAAGUGGAUCUGUAUCGGCGUAAUCGGGGCCAGACUUUCGGCCUCUACGAGACCACUAAACCGGUGCUCUAUCUCACGGAUCCGGACCUGAUUCGGGACGUAUUGGUCAAAGACUUUCACGUAUUCAACAAUCGACGGGACCUGCGCUCUGGUGACAAACUCACCGACAAUAUGAUCGACGUGUUAAGGGAUGACCACUGGAAACGGGUCCGUACGGCGAUGUCGCCCACAUUCUCGUCGGGAAAACUCAAGAAAAUGCUACCAAUGAUAUUGGACUGUAGGGCCACUUUGAUCGCCAAUCUGGACAAACUGUGCCCAACCGGUAGUAGUGGUGAUCACUCGACAGCACCGGUAGUGGACAUGAAGCGAGUGUUGGGCGCCUACGCCAUGGAAGUGGUGAUUCGGGUGGCCUUCGGCAUUAAAGUGGACGCAAUGCUGGAUCACCCGCUGGUGACAAACCGGGUUUUUCACAAGCGAUUACUGUUGCUGACCGCAGAUCACCAUCGCUACCAGCGGGGCUUUCACCGGCUCAAAAAGCCUGAGUUCCGUAUGCUAAAGCCGGGGAAAAAAUGGCUUAAAUGGGCUUGUGUGAUCGAAGAGAGGCUGAAAUCGGUAGCCACUGAUGGCCAGAAACGGGUGGACUUUAUGCAACUGAUGCUCGACUCCACCGAAACGACUGAUCUGUUGGCCGCAGAAGAACAGGAAGAAUACGGCGAGAAGUAUAGAGAAAUACAGUCGACCCGCGAUUUGGCCAAAAAGUUAACCAUCGAUGAACUGAUCUCCCAAUGCGUGGGCUUACAGUUGGCCGGCUAUGAGACAACAGCGACCACUAUAUCGAUGUGUGUCCACUAUAUCGCUACCGAUCCGGAUGUCCAGCAAAGACUGUACGCCGAGGCCGUCAAAUACCGUGAAAAAUACCCGACCGAGGACAAUUACGAAGCGUUGGGUGCGUUGCCAUACAUGGAUGCGGUGAUUGCGGAGACCCUACGGCUGAGUCCGGCCACUGUAUUCUUGGAGCGGUGCCCAAACCGGGACUACCAGUUCCGCGGCGCCGGUAUUACCGUAAAACGGGACGAUAUCGUACACAUCCCGACGUACGCCAUGCAACGGGACGGCCGCCACUUU